CCGGGGGUUCACAAAAAUGUCUGCAAUUGUUCGUGAAGAGGCUACGACGCCGACGACACAUCGAGGGUUAUCGGAUUGGUGGAACGAGGAGACUGAGUAUGUGUUCCAAAGGAUUGAGGAAUGGGCCGCUUUAGCGCGAGGCUACAACCGCCUCAAAUCGCAGAGGUAUUCUCGAGGGCAUCUGACCAUGAAAGAAGAGCCAGGCGACACCAACUGGAGCAUUUCGGCGAAUAAGCUCGUGGUGGGAGACUGCGAAUCUUGGAAUCCUCGUUUUUACAGACUGGAACGUUCAUGGAGACGAAAAUCCCGGCCGGAAGAAGUGCGUAUAAACUGUUGUGGCAGCCUGAAUUACCAGUCGAACAAUCGCGUGGACAGCCAGUGCCUGGAGGCGUAUAGAUACGACCACAGCAUUUACUUCAAAACGAUCGGCGACAUUCGUGGCAGAAAUCGAAACCGGAAUUCCAGUCUUAAACGGGCCGAGAGUCCGAAAAUCGCGGGGGAAAUGGAAUGUCACCGAUGCGACGACGAACUUAGCGGGAAAAGUCCACUUCAUGAUGAAGAUCAGCCGUCGAAAGCUGCGGGUACCCAAGUUUGGCCUAUCACUGAUUUGACGCAGAUGAACUUGGAAGCCGACGAAAGUCAACGGUAUUUGGACGAUGAGUUAGAGGGAAAUCUGCAGAAUGAUAAUUACUGCAGCAGUGAGGAUAAUCUUAAUAAUAAUAAUCAGGCAAAUAAUAGCGUACAAUUUACCGGUAAUUCGAUAACGCGGAAAACGGAUCAACCGUUGUCACUUAAGCAGCGGUUGGUCAGUAUUCGGAGAACCAGACAAUCUCCCCGAAAAGUAUCUCAGCCGACGAUCGUUGGAGACAACAAUGUUGUUUGGCCUGGAGUUCUGCUUAAUUAUAAAAAAAAAGGUGAGGCCGUCUGUUCGCCGCAUCGUCAUUCGAUCAAAAAAUAGUCAUAUUGUAGAUUAUUAAUGUCUUGUCUUAUAUAUAGAUGUGAUCAGUUCGUAUAAUAAAUGCAUAACCCAUACCUGUUC